GCUGCUAUGGGCAGCGAGGCGGCGGCCGGCGCGGAGGCGGCGGCAGCGCUAGAAAACGGCACGCUGGAAGUGCCUGCCGAGGAACCGAGGAGGUUCACCAGGGAGCAGCUGUUCACGAUGGUCGCAACAGCCUCCAUCAACUUCAGCUCAAUGAUCUGCUAUUCCAUCCUGGGACCCUUUUUCCCUGCAGAGGCAGAAAAGAAAGGUACCAGUAGCACAAUUGUUGGCAUGAUUUUUGGAUGUUUUGCAUUAUUCAAUUUCUUGGCUUCUUUAAUCUUGGGAAAUUACCUUACACAAAUUGGAGCAAAAUUCAUGUUUGUGGCRGGGAUGUUUGUUUCUGGAUGUGUUACAAUUCUGUUUGGGAUACUGGACAAGGUGCCCAAUGGACCCCUGUUCAUCACGUUGUGCUUUCUGGUAAGAGCAAUGGAUGCAGUAGGUUUUGCAGCAGCAAUGACAGCAUCGUUCUCAAUCCUUGCGAAGGCAUUUCCCAGCAAUAUAGCUACUGUCUUGGGUAGCCUUGAAAUUUUUACAGGGCUUGGACUGGUGCUGGGUCCACCUUUGGGUGGCUUUUUAUAUCAGUCGUUUGGUUAUGAGGUCCCUUUCAUUGCACUGGGUUGCCUAGUGCUGGUCCUGGUGCCUAUGAACAUGUGCCUGUUACCGAAAUACGAUUCAAUCCCUAGCAAGGACUCCUUUUGGAAGCUUGUUCUUCUGCCAAAAGUCCUGUUACUCUGUUUUAUUAUAUUUUCUCUAAGUUCAUGUUUGGGCUUUUUGGACCCCACAAUGUCUCUGUUUAUCCUAAAGAAGUUUAAACUCCCAGCUGGUUAUGUGGGCUUGGUAUUCCUAGGUUUGGCACUGUCGUAUUCCCUGUCAUCUCCACUGCUUGGAUUCUUAAGUGACAAGCUGCCACACCUCAGGAAGUGGCUGCUGGUCUUUGGAAGCUUGAUAAUAGCAGCCUGCUUUUUCAUGUUAGGACCUGCUCCUGUACUGCACAUUGAAAGUAAACUGUGGCUAUUUGUCCUAGUGCUGGUUUUGAUUGGCUUUUCCCUUGGCAUGAGUUCUAUCCCAGUAUUCCCAGAGAUCCUGCACUGCGCAUAUGAGAAUGGCUUUGAAGAAGGUCUGAGUCUUUUGGGACUGGUGUCUGGGCUCUUCAGUGCCAUGUGGUCACUUGGGGCAUUUGUAGGUCCCACUCUAGGAGGAUUUAUAGAUGAAAAGUUGGGUUUUGAAUGGGCCUCAGCCAUCCAAGGAGGAUGGCCACUGUUAAGUGGACUUGCAAUUGGGAUAUUCUAUAUCGUUGAGACCACAAGGAGAAGUUCCAGCCUUCAAAGUCCUCCUGGUAAUACUGAAGAAAGAACUCUCCUGUUGGGCAGUGAAACGUAGCCAGAUAUCCUUUUGGAUUCUCUCUUUACGACUGUGGUUUAACUUAGUCUUGAGAUGAGUGGACUUGAGAUGAGUGUUUCAUUGUCCUCAAGUUGAGACACAUGUGAACAACCAGUUGUAGUUUACUUGUAGCUGCAUCUCUGUUCUGAAACACUGAACACAGACUACCUUUCUUUUUGGAAGUGCUCAUGUGCAUAUGCUUAACUGAUGAGUAAUUCUCAGAUGUCGGCUUGUUUAGCCGUGUUCCAUGUACAGUGCACCACUGUAUGUGAAGAGGUAUAUUGUCAAAUGUCUGUCUUUUACACUUGAAUCUGCUGUGAGUUAUUCACACAUAACACUACAGUUUUGCUACCAUGUUUUUCU